UAUUGCAGAAAUAUUUCCAGCUACAUCACUCCAAACGUUAUUUGGGAAGAAACGAAUUUAGUGGAUGAUAAAAACUAUAAUUCAGGUGGUGCACCUUUGAACAACUAAAAUUUUUUACAAAGUGGAAAGUAAACAUGCGUAUUAAGUUGUGUAAAACUUAUGUCCACUAUAAAUGUGAAUGUGUAUAAUGAAAAGUGUUAUUUGCUAUUGUGCUAUGUAUAUAACAUAAUAAUGCACCUAUUUAGCGUAAAGAGUCACCGCCACCACACUCGUCUCAGUGAACAUUCACAUAUGUAUGUACAUACAUAUAUAAAUAUGUAUGUAUAUGUGCAAACAUGAAUAUUUACAUACACGUACGUAGGCUAACCAAAAGGAAGAACUGAUUGCGCGCCUUAAGUUUGUUUAACGCUUGCAUUUAUUAAACUAUACUGUAUAAACGUAUUGCUAGGGAGCAGUGGCAUCAGAAAUACAUAAUACCGCUCUGAUAACACUCGAGACGGAUGUGGUUACCUCAAAAAAAAGAUUGUUUUCGUCGAGUUAGACACUUUAAAGUUGCUGCAAACGAAAGUCCUGAUAUUUCGUAGAAAGUAAAGUGUUUAUUUUCUUUAAUAAUGGGUGACCGCGAUGUUCCAAGUGUACCGGUCACAACAUUAGCUGGACUUACCAGCACUUCUGAUUUGUUAAGCGAGUUGCCUGUAUCGGAUUCAUUACAAAGCGCGUCUUCUAUAAAUAAGUCAUUACUUUUCCAUACGCUGGUAGCCAGUGAGUCCAACAAUCUACUGUCAUUGAGGGAUGAAACGCUUGUGCGGCAGCUAGUUCACGCCAUUGAACAAACCAACUCAGAUAACAUUGAACUUAAAUCUCAAUUUAAUAUUCAACAACACGGCACCAAUAUCAGCACGUAUCCUGAGCUACUGCAAGGAAUUUACAAUUUCCGCCCAACAGUUUUUAAUACGCCACAUAAAAAUGCAACAAAUGUGGAAACAGCACAACAGCUGCAUCCGUCACAACACUCCGAAGGGCUGCGCCCCGCACACUCCAAUCACUCAGAUCUUGCUAAUGAGAUAGACCAAAUAACUUGCAACUUUGACUCCACUCCUCAUCAACAGCAGCAUCAGCCGGCUUAUGUUGAUCAACCAAGCUUGGUUGCAACAGGUGUUCCAACUAAAGUGCUUACAGCACGAACAUCAGCGAUAAAUUAUGAUGGAACAGAGGAAGGAAUGGACCAUCAAAAUAUUUUGAUGUCGCAACAAAAGCAAAAGGUACCACCUGCUCAGCAAUUAAACAUCACACAACCGAUUGCAGUGCCGCAGCAGCAACAACAACCAUCGGCUCUCAACUUCUCAGAGCUGCAACAGGACCAGAAGCAUCAGCAAUUUGGACAGCUAAAAAUGUAUAACGAUGGUUAUACGUCUGAUUUGAACCCUAACUGGACCAGCCAACAGCCUACCUAUUCAACAAAUACAUCAGACAUAAUGGGUCAACAACAGCUAUUGAAUCAUACUUCCCAUGUUGGAAAACCCUUCCAUUCGGAAGCUACACUAAUACAAUCCCAGGCUCCAACAACAACGACAUCAACAGUGCAGGGCAGCUUUCAAAAUGUAUUGAACUUGCAGCGACAGCAAAUCGCUGCAGCAGCUGCACAGCAGCGUUCAGAUCUUCAAAGGCCUCAACAACAGCUGCAACAUGCCAAAAAUCAAUCACCCGUACAAGCUACAAUUGCUCCCGAUGCAAGCCAGCAACAGCUACACAGCGCUUCAACCUCAGGGACUAUGAAUCACAAUAGCUGUGCAUUUGGGUCUGAUACUCACCAAAGCACACAGGCUGUGUCGGGGGCUACCUCAACCUCAACAUCAUCUAGCGGCAAGUCUCAGGUUCGGGUAUGUAUAAAUCGCCUUAACGUUGAAGAUGCGCGCCUUAUGCAACAUAGUAUUAAAGAAUUUGUACAAAAGUCACCAGAAUUGGCUAGAAAUAUGGGGUUACUACAUGAAUCAGCAGAACAACAAAAUCAAAGUUUGCUUACCCUAGCUACUGAGGUUGAUGGUAUACCUAUAGGAAUUGAAUCGAUCACAAAAACUUAUUCAGCCCCAUGUCAAAAUACUUCCCCAAUUGAUAUGUUUGCUGUCAUGAAGGCAGACGAGAAACGCAACACUACGAAAAGAAAAAUUGCAAUAUCGCUUGGUGACAUUCCACCAGAGCAAAUAUUUUCAAAGCCUAAACUUCGCCGGGUUGAGCGGACAGCCACGCAAUCGAACACAAAAUGCACAAAAGAGGAAGUAACCCGGAGUCAAACUUAUCAACAGUUUAUGCGAAACAUGGAACAAAUUAUAGAGAUGCUAGAUGAUACAGAGCCACCAAACUUUGAUUCAGAAGAUGUCGAUGAAAAUAUUGAAUGUAUUUCCUCCAAGCUUCUCACGACUAUGAGUAACGACGUUGCUAAACUAAAAGCUAAACAAGCUCUGGAUUCAAUACCGAAAAAUAAGUUAACAUUACUUAUUAAUUACGCCAUGAGAAACGUUUAUUUGGCCAGGAACUAUUCCGCUGGAAUGGAAGACGAGGAAGAAAUUGUCGAUGAUGAAAUUAUUGACAAAAUAUUAAAUGCCAUGGACGCGUGCUUACUUAUAUGCAAUAUAUACUCAACAGUGAGUGACUUAAAGUUUUUGCAAGAAGACAACAUUUCCCACAUUAUCAAGUUCGCUCAAUUUCAAUUGAGAGAAACCAUAUUCCCUCUUUACGAUCCGGUAUACAUGGUAAAGAGUAUGAAGAAAACGACCCAACGCAAGAAGACCAAAACACAACAAAACCAUCAACGCAGCCUCCAGAUAUUUUACUCUAAAGCGGUUGAGCUGCUAAAGGUGUUUGUAGCGCUUUUCGACAAAUGCAUAUUUGUUGAUACUAUUGUUUUGCCAUUAUCGACGCUUGCUGUGGAACCGUUUUUUGUGGACAAUAUUGAAACGCUGCAAUUUGUAUGCUUGGAACUUGUUACCACGAUAUUCCGUAAAGAAAAAUACGAUAAAAUUCGAAGCAGUAUAUUGGGUGAUAUACUUUCAUCAAUCGAUCGUUUACCCUCCGCAAAGAAAAAUCUACGCCCAUUCAAAUUAACAAGUAAUGGAGGCAACAUUCAAAUGGUUACAGCACUUGUCCUGCAAUUGAUUCAGUGCGCUACAAUUCUGCCUGAUUCCCUUUGCGAUAAAAACAAAAGUAACGCGAGGAGUCCAAAUGAUAUUGAUUUGGACGAUGAUGUUCCGAGCGGUGCAAGCAAAAUUGUUAAGCCCAAUCAGGAUGUACUUGUGCUGAAAAAGUAUGACGUCGCAGUUAGUAUAGGUGGCAAUUUCCUCACCACUUUCCUUAACAAGUGCAAAUCACGAUCAAAUGAAACCGACUUCCGCCCCCUCUUUGAGAACUUUAUCCAUGAUCUAUUGGCUACAGUCAAUAAGCCGGAGUGGCCCGCCUCUGAGUUAUUACUUUCACUAUUGGGAACAAUGCUAGUUCGUUAUGUUUCAGAUAAGAGCAUUGAACAAACCAUACGUCUGGUUUCCCUUGACUAUCUGGGCAUAGUAGCUGCACGCUUACGGAAAGACACGGUAGAAUCUCGUUGCAAAGUCAACAUUAUUGAUUCUAUGAUUAAAUCAAUAAAAUUGGAACAGGAAAAAGAGGGGGACCUACCUAUCACAAAUCCGAACAUCAAACUGCACCCCGAAGAACAACGAACGGAAUUUCUACAAAAAAUUCUAUUAGACUUCCUUGCCGUAAAUGCACAGGAAGAAAAUUUAAUAUGGGACUAUGCGCGGCACUUUUAUUUGGCCCAAUGGUACCGUGACAUUAUCUAUCAGCGACGUCGAAUAAAGGAAGGAGAAAAAGGUUUUGCAUCGCGAAAGUUUAAGUCGCGGAAUAAACGCGUGAGAGGCGAGUAUUCAGAGUCAUCAGACUCCGGCUCUUGUGAUGAAAUUGAUGGAGAAGACGGAAAUAAAAAUGGGAACUCCUCUGCUGGCAUUAUUGAUUAUGAACUCAACCUCGAAAUUUUUAAUGUUCUGGAAGAGCGAAAACAAUAUUUGAUCAGUAAAAUAAAGCCAUACUCGGCAUCUGGCGAAAUUAAUCAUACGGCCCAUCAACACAUCAAGACUUAUAUAGAUUAUAACAACGCACAGCUAAUAGCGCAAUAUUUGGCUACAAAGCGACCAUUUAGUCAAUCGUUUGAUGGAUGUCUUAAAAAGAUUAUAUUAGUCGUUAAUGAACCCUCCAUAGCUGUGAGAACACGUGCAAUGAAAUGUUUGGCGAAUAUAGUGGAAGUAGAUCCGUUAGUAUUGAAACGCAAAGACAUGCAAAUGGGUGUUAAUCAAAAAUUUUUGGAUACGGCCAUAUCAGUGCGCGAAGCUGCAGUUGACUUAGUGGGAAAAUUCGUGCUUAGUAAUCAGGAACUAAUCGAUCAGUAUUACGAUAUGUUAUCAACGCGCAUUUUGGACACUGGUGUAUCAGUGCGUAAACGCGUUAUUAAAAUUUUGCGAGAUAUUUGCAUUGAAUAUCCAGAUUUUAACAAAAUUCCAGAAAUUUGUGUAAAAAUGAUUCGCCGUGUAAAUGAUGAGGAGGGUAUUCAGAAGCUUGUCACAGAAGUAUUCAUGAAAAUGUGGUUCACACCGUGCAUUAAAAACGAUAAACAUGGGAUUCAGAGGAAAAUCAAUCAAAUUAUUGACGUGGUCAAUACAGCCCAUGACACAGGAACAACUUGGCUGGAGGGACUUUUAAUGAGUAUUUUUAAGCCGAAAGAGAAUAUGUUGAAACCGGACGGCAGUGUUCACGAACCUGUCAAGAAAAAUACUGAGCCACCACAAGAGAUUGUUUUAGCCUGUCAACAACUAGCAGAUGGUCUGGUAGAGAGGCUAAUUGAAUUAGAAGACACCGAUAACGCCAGAAUGCUGGGCUGUAUUACAACGCUUCAUUUACUGGCCAAAGUGCGUCCUCAGCUUUUGGUUAGGCACGCCAUGACGAUCGAGCCCUAUCUGAAUAUAAAGUGUCAUUCAGCGACUGCAGCCAAAUUUAUUUGUGCGGUUGCGGACAUUCUCGAAAAGGUUGUACCUCUUGUAAACAACGCGAGUGAAUCCUUUUUGGCCUCGCUCGAAGAACACUUGAUGCUUCUUGUUGUGUCGCGAAAUCAGGCCGAGGUGACCAGUUGUGUAUCCUGCUUAGGCGCACUUGUGAAUAAAAUAACAAAGAACUAUAAACUUAUCCGAGAUUGUUUUCAAAAGUUUUAUCGUAUUCUAGAUCUAUCUAGAAACCAAGUUAUGCAAAAUAACUGCAGCGUCGACAACAUAUACACUCCAAGUUUUCGAAGGAGUCUCUUCACCAUUGGUAUUCUGAUGCGCUACUUUGAUUUUAAAUCACCCAAUACUUUAGGGGAAACGAAUGGUGGUCUUCCUUCUACGAUAUGCGACAACGUCUUCGAGUGCUUGAUGUUUUUCUGCAUUUGUUCAAAUCAAGAGAUUCGAAAACAAGCUCUAAUCGCAUUGGGCUCCUUCUGUGUAAUGAACGACGAUUAUCUAACCCGGUCUGAGCUCAAGCAGUUCUACUGUGAUUUAUUGGGAUCGAAUACUAUCGAUGCCGGGGUUAAGAUAAUUUGUAUGCGAAAUAUUUGGAUUUACUUAACGGAAUCGGAAAUGUUUAUGCACAACAAGGAAAAAGAAUGGGAAAAACAAUCUAAGCACGAAGACUUGAAAGAAAUGAAUGAUGUUUCUUCGGGCAUGUCAAGUCGAAUCAUUCAGCUUUACCUUGAAGAAAUACUUGACUGUUUCCUUAGUAGGGACGAUGCGGUUCGUUUAUGGGCAGUCAAAGUUGUGCAAAUCGUUCUGCGACAGGGAUUAGUGCACCCUGUAAGAAUGGUACCUUAUCUUAUAUGCUUGAGUACCGACUGUAAAAUUGAGUCGGCCCAUAGAGCAGACGCCCUACUAAAAGAUAUAGAUAAGACUUAUUCGGGUUUUGUAAAUAUGAAAGUGCAAUUUGGGCUGCACCUUUGCUUUAAACUACAGGAAAUAUUGCAAACAAAUAACAGUGGAAAACUGGAAAUUAUUCGUGGCUAUGCUAAACGCGGUCCAGAUCAGGUAACGACAGCAUUAAACGAUUUCUUGUAUACGUUACUACGUACCACAAAACCGCAAAGAAGAGCUUUGGUACAAACUGUUACAAAACAAUUUGACGAUCAGAAAACAUCGCUACAGCAAAUGCUUUAUAUUGCCGACAAUCUUGCAUAUUUUCCUUAUGUGGUGCAAGACGAGCCACUCUAUCUCAUUCAUCAAAUAGAUUUGCUUAUUUCCAUGGCCGGUACACAUCUUUUGGCCACAUUUAAAGAGCAUCUUAAGCCAAAUGAUAAGGAGGGCGACGUAUUAGAGGAUGACGAUGAUGUUGAGGACCCGCAAGUUUUAUUUAAUCGCCUUCCUGAUGACAUAACCGAAAUACAAAAGUGUAUAAUGUCAGCUCAAGCUUGUAUGCUUUUGUUAAUACUAAAGGAGCACCUAAAAGAUAUGUAUGGACUGACGGAUGGUAAAAUAUCCCGGUAUUCUCCUUCUGAACAGAAGUUAUAUGAAAAAGCAGUUACUCGUAAACCUGUUUCUGACUUCAAUCCGAAAUCAACAGUUGAUGUUAUAAAGAAGCAGUUGGUCCAGAACAUAACAAACUCAAAUAAUGAUUGUGUAUCAAGAACAAUCACGGAUCCCGAAAAAUUGGAUCUUGUUGUCAAGUAUUUAGAUUUCAAACAACUUAUGUUGAAACUUGAUCCUGAAGAUGAGGAAUCCGAUCUGGAUGAAUCAAAAGAUAAGUCAAAGCUAAAUAAUUUGGAUGGCAGCAUUGCUAACAGCACUUUAAAUCCAGCGCCUAGUUUUAAUGCAAAUAAUACAAAUGUCCAGCCACCGAUGGUUAUUAUGCCGGCAACGCCUGAGACUUCAGUUAAAUCCAUGGCUCGCAUAACAAAGUCAACUCUCCCUGCAACAAAAUUAAUUGUUCGCAAACAAAAUCGGAGAACUAAGAAAAAGCGACGUAAAAUGAUGUCAUCGGAAGAAGAAGAUGACGAGUAUAGCGAUGAAGACUAUGCGUGAGUGGAAAACCAGGAGUCAUUUUCGUUCAGCCUUAUGUAUUUGUAGUAAUUCCUUUGUUAAAAGUACUAUUUAAUAUUUAGUGUUGUAAAAAUUAUAAAAAUAAUUUGUAGCAAUUAAAAUAUAGUAAUAAGUGUACCAUAUUAAAUAUUAUGAUAUAAAUAACUAGCUACGUUAAGCAAUACAUUUUAUAAAUAAGAUUUCAAAGGAUCUUAACACAAAUGGCCACGUUCCGGUCUUAUAAACAGAUUAUUUCAUUAGCAAUCACAAGAAAUACCAGCAGGCUUCAUUUCUCCACAUAUUUUAUUUAAGCAAAAAUUAAAAUUGAGCGUACUUAGUAAAAAGAUACGGUAACUUACGGUAGGGUUAUAAAAGGUGGUAAAAAUUCAAGAUAUACAAUCUGUAAUAUGUAAAAUUUUUAUGAUUAGUCUUAGAUACUUUCGAGGCAAUUAAAAUAGAAUCCAUACCCUUAGCCUAAAGAUUUUCAAGAAAUAAAACUAAUGUGAAUAUUAUUUUUUUAUUUGGGAGUAAAAGCGUAUCAUUGGUACAAAUGUCCCAUGUACUCAGUAAGGCUACAGCCGUAAUAAAAUGUAUAAACGAUGUAUUUUAUAGCUACAAUAUAUAUUUAUUUU